UUUUAGAAAAGUUCAUACAAAACAGGCGGGGGCACAUUUGUACCUAAGAGUACCGCCCUGGAUGCGAAAAUAGUAACAGUUUUAAAGGACCAAUUUCAACCGCUCCAGAACAAAUUUGAUUCUAGUGCCAGCUAUAUCGAAGGGCAACCAAAACCAAGUUGUUCUGGAUUCAAUAUGACAGAAAAAUACAACAUCGAAGACUGUUCACUUGAAUCUGCGGAUGCACUAUCAGAUGACACACCUAACACACCAGGACGGGUUGAGGUAACGAGAACUUCACCUACUGAAUCCGUAGCUUCUGCAACUCCUUCUCCCCCUCCUCAGCAGCCAGUCAAAGGAAGAACAGCCCAAAAACGCAAAUUCCAGAUGCAAUCAGUGCAAGUGCCUAAAAAAAGAAGCACCUGCGCUGAAACCAUUUCUAACAGAUUUGUAAGGCGCAAAAAUUACAAAGAUAUGCAAGACGCCGAAGUGCAAAAGUUAAAGAUUGACAUUUUAAACAUCGAAAAGGAGUUAAAAUUAAAACAACUGGCCGUUGUACAACAACAAUUGGACAACGACCGAAAACUGUUUGAACUAAAUUUUCAGCAUAGAGUGGAGGAAAUUAGUUUUGAGCGAAAAAUGCGGCAAAUGAAACUUAAUAGGUUGCAAGCAGCAGAGGAAGAUAUAUAGGUGUUUUUGU